AUGGCCGAAGUCCUAGGCGUAGUGGCAAGCGGCAUCAGCGUCGCAUCUCUCGCGAUCCAGAUCCUCGAUAAUAUUAAUCGGGUCACAAACUUCUACGCAUCCAUCAAGGAGGCUCCAACGGAUAUCCAGCGAGUCUUGCUUGAGUUACAACUACUAUCCAGCAUCGUCUCGGGUAUUCAGAUUGUGUUUGAGAAGCGCUCGCUCCCUGAAAAUAACGAGGCUACGACAAGAAAAUCGCUAGACCUCGUCAGACACGAUAUCAAGAAACUAUCAGAUCUCACUUUGACUCUGGAACGCAAACUCAAUUCUGAAAAGAGGACCGUCCGUACUUGGGCCCGUGUUCAGACUGUACUUUCAGAAAAGAAAAUUGCUGUGCUUAGAGAUCACUUAGAUCGUGCUAAGGGGACAUUGCAGUUGUUGCAA